CAGACAAAGUCUUAUCACAGAGCAGACGCCUUGGAGAAGGUGCACAGAAAUGAUGGCCCUAAGCUCAAUUUUCCUCCUGCUCGUCCUCUGCCUUCUGAUUGUCCAACUGGUGAAGCUCCAGUUGCGUAGAAGACACUACCCACCUGGACCGACUCCUCUGCCUUUCAUCGGGUGCUUAUGGCACCCCAAAUUUUUUCAAUUAACCCGGGAACUCUUGAUAGAGAUGUCCAAGAUCUACGGGAAUAUCUUCACGUUGUGGUUCGGGCCCUACCCUCUGAUUAUAUUACAAGGCUACCAAGCUGUGAAGGAUGGUCUCACCACCCACCCUGAAGAUGUUUCUGGCCGGCCUCUGCUCCCCUUUUUCAAAACAUUGGCAAAUAACAAAGGAAUUCUGCUUUCCACGGGCCUGACCUGGAAGCAGCAAAGACGAUUUUCAAUGGCGGCUCUGAAGAACCUCGGUUUGGGGAAGAGCGCUCUGGAGUAUCAGAUCCAAGAGGAGGCAGAGAGUUUGGUGGAAGUGUUCAGGAAAAGUGAAGGAAAACCCAUGAAUCCUUCUUUCGCCCUGAACCUCGCGGUUUCCAACGUGAUUUGUGCGGUAGUCUUUGGACAUCGUUUCUCCACAGAAGACAAGAUUUUUCACCACCUGCUGGAAGCCAUGGAGAAGAUUUUCAAUGCCUCUGACAGUGUCAUGUUUAAUCUGUACAAUAUUUUCCCCUGGAUUAUGCAGCAUGUCCCAGGACGUCACCAGAAGGCAUUUUGCUCACGUGACAUUGUUCAGUCAUUCAUAAGAGAGGAGAUCAAGAAGCACCAAGAAGCAGACCAUCGAGAAAAAACCCAAGACUUCAUCCAUUUGUACCUGGAUGAAAUAGAGAAAAUGAAGAACCAACCCAAAUCACCCUAUGAUGAAAAAAAUAUGGUUCAGAGCAUCUUUGAUCUCUUCCUGGGGGGGACAGAGACAUCAGGCACCACUCUCCACUGGGGAUUGUUAUAUAUGGUGCUUUAUCCUGACAUUCAAGCCAAAGUCCAAAAGGAAAUAGAUACCCUCCUAACACCGGGCCAGUCGAUCUGUUACGAGGAUCGCAAGAAACUUCCGUACACAAAUGCUGUGAUUCACGAAAUCCAGCGCUUUAGCAACAUCAUUUCGAUUGGAAUGCCCAGAUUCUGCUUAAGAGACACAAAGAUCCAGAAGUUUCACAUUAAAAAGGGUACCACCUUUUUCCCGAACAUGGCGUCGGCCUUGCAUGAUCCCAACGAAUGGGAGGCACCCCUCACCUUCGACCCAAACCAUUUCCUUGACAAAGACGGGAAUUUCACCUGCCCAGAAGCUUUCAUCCCAUUUUCUAUGGGUCAUCGAGCAUGUUUGGGAGAUAAUUUGGCAAAGACAGAGCUCUUCCUGUUCUUUAGCAACCUUGUGCAAACGUUCAACUUCCACUUGGCCGACGGAUCAAAAGAUAUAAAACUUGACCCGAUCUGGGGAGGCACUCUGAAGCCUCAUUCCUUUGACAUCUGUGCAAUUCCUCGAGAGGCCCAUAUAUCAGGCCUGAAUGGCAGAUGUGGAUACUGGGAUUGGGAAUCCAAGCAGCUGGGUUUGCCUCCUCCAACUUUUGCCUGAAAAGAAAGCAAGUCUUGAGCCCUCCUUGUUGUGGGAGAAAAAUAUAUGCAACCUGGUCUCGUUCUGCAACAUGGGUGUCAGCCCCAGCCCUGCGACGGUACUUGGGGCCGCCAUUCAUGUGGGGAUCGCCGUUCUUCUGCUGCACACUUUCGCCGACGACCCUUCCUCUGUGCCUGCUCUGCUGGAUCAUCAGCCCCGAGGCAUGCCUCUCCCUUUGACUUCCCAGCCCACGCUAGAUGAUGUCAGGGUCCUGCACUGAAGCAGUUUAUCACCAUCUCUCACUUUAAGGAAAGACGGAGCAGCGUGGAACAACUGAAGCGGCUUAUGAUGGAUUGGGGAGGGAGAGGGGGGAUACGGGGUAAUUGGAUAAUUGAGUGAUUGCACUGGGGUGGAGCUGUAUGAUGAUUAAAAGGUGAUGGGGAGCAUGGAGCGUCAGCUCCAACGAAGAUUCCUUCCUGUAACACUUUAAGGUGGUCAGUUAAUACCGAUAUCAGGAUAAACAAACUUGGUUACUGCUUUUGCAUGCUGAGUUUUUUCCUAGACUUUUGGAACCUGACAAUGGGCUUUUGAAUACAGCCAGGCUGGCAACAUUAAUAUUGG